AAUCAGCGCGCUGAAUUCGAGUCGGCUCUCUGACAGUACGGCGGACCGUCGAUAGUUUCUUCAGCACCGCAGCUUUGGUCGAAACAAGUAAUCAUAUUGACAACGUUUAUGGUUUCAGGUUCACAGGGAUGGACGGUGACAGAAUGGAGGUGGAAAACCACAAACGAAACAUAAAUGUGGAGGUCCAUGUUAAAUCUCACAGCACAGCUAAACUGGCUGAGGUGAGGACACAUGUUCUGUCUCUACUGAGUCGCCACAGCAUGGUUUUUGGAAACUACAGAUGGACCGAGUUUGAUGAAGACUUUUUGCAGAAACAUGUGGAAUCUGUGGCUAUAGUUGAUAUUGAGGAAUUGGCAACACAGCCCCUUGAUUUGAAGAGCUGCUCUGUCUCCGUUCACAUCUUCACUCUGAAUGAGGAUGGACCCAGCAUGCUCAGUCUGGAGGACGAUGAGGAGCUUUCAGCAGCCAAUCACUGGUUGCUGCCAGCAGCUGAGUUCCAUGGGAUUUGGGAGAGUCUGGUAUAUGAGAGCGGAGUCAAAACUCAGCUUUUGGAUUACGUCACGACAACAAUUUACUUCUCAGAUAAAAAUGUCGACAGCAACCUGAUUUCAUGGAACCGUGUUGUUCUGCUUCACGGACCCCCGGGCACAGGGAAAACGUCACUCUGCAAAGCUCUCGCCCAGAAGCUGUCAAUCAGACUGUCGAGUCGGUAUUCUUAUGGGCAAUUUGUCGAGAUAAACAGCCACAGCUUGUUCUCAAAGUGGUUCUCAGAGAGCGGUAAGCUGGUCACGAAGAUGUUUCAAAAGAUCCAACAACUGAUUGACGACAAAGAUGCUCUUGUGUUUGUUCUGAUUGAUGAGGUGGAGAGUCUGACAGCGGCGAGGAAUGCCUGCCAGGCAGGGACAGAGCCCUCUGAUGCCAUCCGAGUGGUCAACUCGGUUCUCACUCAACUGGAUCAGAUCAAAAGACAUUCCAACGUAGUGAUCUUGACGACCUCCAAUGUGACAGAAAAGAUAGACUUGGCGUUUGUGGACCGGGCUGACAUCAAGCAGUACAUCGGACCUCCAUCAGAGAAGGGCAUCUAUAACAUCUACCUCUCCUGCCUGGAGGAGCUGAUGAAGUGCCAGAUCAUUUACCCUCGGCAGCAGCUGUUCACCAUGUUUGAGCUUGAGACGAUGGGCUUUGCAAAGAGUGAGGUGUCCGAACACAGUCUGAAACUGAGGAACAUUGCUCUGAAAAGCAGAGGUUUGAGUGGAAGAGCGCUCAGGAAGUUGCCAUUUCUAGCCCACGCGCUGUUUGUAAAGACACCAACAGUGACUCUUGAGAGGUUUUUGGAGGCUAUGGACCAAGCAGUGGAUAAACAGAGAGAGGAGAAAUCUAACCUGGUCAAUGGUGUCUGAACUUAUUACAAUGCCCAAAGGCUGACACAUGAUUGUUCAUGAGCUCUCAAUACCAUGCCUCGUUUGUUUGUAGUUUAGAAAACUGCAGCUCUUACGUCUUUUUUAUUAAGUUCAAUUAAUUCAUUUGGCAGCACAGUGUUGAAUAUAUUGACAAGUAACAUUGUUUUAACAAAUGCUAUCUACAUCCUAAGUCUUUAUUCAGGUAAUUCUGAUGGUGCUACUAACUUUAAAGUACCAAGUCAAUUUCAGUAUUGGCAGUUUAAGAUGGGGAGUACCUAAUGCUUGAAUUUUCUGUGUUUACGCUGUUCUUACUUUCAAAGUGAUAUUUUUAUGUAACAUUCAGCUUUAACCUUCAUUCAGCUUUGUCUGGCUCACAUUUUAAAAGGGGUAGUUCACAUUUUUUUCCUGCAUAAAUUUGCAUUUACUCUCUUCAAACAUUAGCUGGAUUUUGUUGUCGAUAUCCCAUUGAGAUGGCAAUGUGUUGUGAAGUGGUUCUAUUUUUUUGGGUUCAUUUCUGUCAUGCAUGUUGCUAGCUCACUGAGAUACAUCCACGGGACCCGUAGAAUAAGAAUAAUAAUGGUCAUGUUUGAACUGAAAAAUGUGAAUUGUCCCUUAAACAUGCCAUGUUUUUGUACUUGUGUUGUAUGUUUUAAAAAGGGAUGUUCCUCGUAUACCAUCACGUAAAAAUGUUCAUUUGUCUUUGUCAGUUUUAUAUUUAUGUUGACAGCAAAUCCUCUUUAAACUCUCCAGAUUCAUGUGUUC